CGCGGCCGCCUCGCGGCUGCGUCACCGCCGCCCCCCCCCCAACAUGGACACCGCCGAGGAAGAUAUAUGUAGGGUAUGUCGGUCAGAAGGAACCCCCGAGAAACCUCUUUACCAUCCGUGUGUAUGUACGGGCAGUAUUAAGUUCAUUCAUCAAGAAUGCUUAGUUCAGUGGCUGAAACAUAGUCGGAAAGAAUACUGUGAAUUGUGCAAGCACAGAUUUGCUUUCACACCAAUUUAUUCCCCAGAUAUGCCUUCACGGCUUCCAAUCCAGGACAUAUUUGCUGGACUGGUCACAAGUAUUGGCACUGCCAUCCGGUAUUGGUUCCACUACACGCUUGUGGCCUUUGCGUGGUUGGGAGUUGUUCCUCUUACAGCAUGCCGCAUCUACAAGUGCUUGUUUACUGGCUCCGUGAGCUCACUCCUGACACUGCCUCUUGACAUGCUGUCCACGGACAAUUUACUGGCGGACUGUCUGCAGGGCUGCUUUGUGGUGACGUGCACGCUGUGCGCCUUCAUCAGCCUGGUGUGGCUGCGGGAGCAGAUCGUGCACGGGGGCGCCCCCAUCUGGCUGGAGCACGCCGCGCCGCCCUUCAACGCCGCGGGCCACCACCACAACGAGGCCCCCGCAGGAGGAAACGGUGCUGAGAACGUCGGCCCCGAGCAGCCCGGAAACCCUCCCGCGGAGAACGCAGUGGUAGGGGAGAACCCGGACGCCCAGGACGACCAGGGCGAGGAGGAUGAGGAGGACAACGAGGAUGAAGACGAUGCGGGCGGGGAUGAUGCCGCGGACGCCAACAACGGGGCGCAGGACGACAUGAACUGGAAUGCUUUAGAAUGGGAUCGGGCUGCGGAAGAACUCACGUGGGAGAGAAUGCUAGGACUUGACGGAUCCCUAGUUUUUCUGGAGCAUGUCUUCUGGGUGGUGUCUUUAAACACGUUGUUCAUUCUUGUUUUCGCAUUUUGCCCAUACCACAUUGGUCAUUUCUCCCUUGUUGGUUUGGGAUUUGAAGAACAUGUGCAAGCAUCUCACUUUGAAGGCUUGAUCACAACCAUAGUCGGGUAUAUACUCUUAGCAAUAACGCUCAUCAUUUGUCACGGCCUGGCAACUCUGGUGAAGUUUCAUCGGUCUCGUCGCUUGCUGGGGGUCUGCUACAUAGUCGUCAAGGUCUCCUUGUUAGUGGUGGUGGAAAUUGGAGUCUUCCCUCUCAUCUGUGGCUGGUGGCUGGACAUCUGCUCGCUGGAAAUGUUCGACGCGACUCUGAAAGACCGAGAGCUGAGCUUCCAGUCGGCGCCGGGCACGACCAUGUUCCUGCACUGGCUGGUGGGGAUGGUGUACGUCUUCUACUUCGCCUCCUUCAUCCUGCUGCUCAGAGAGGUCCUCCGGCCUGGUGUGCUGUGGUUUCUGAGGAAUCUGAACGACCCGGACUUCAACCCGGUACAGGAAAUGAUCCACCUGCCCAUUUACCGGCAUCUCCGGAGAUUCAUUUUGUCAGUGAUCGUUUUUGGCUCGAUUGUCCUCCUGAUGCUGUGGCUUCCUAUUCGUAUCAUUAAGACCCUGCUGCCUCAUUUUCUGCCGUACAAUGUCAUGCUCUAUAGUGACGCCCCGGUCAGCGAGCUGUCCCUGGAGCUGCUCCUGCUGCAGGUCGUCUUGCCGGCGUUGCUGGAGCAGGGCCACACGCGGCAGUGGCUGAAGGGGCUGGUGCGGGCGUGGACGGUCACCGCCGGAUACCUGCUGGACCUCCAUUCCUACCUGCUGGGCGACCAGGAGGAGAGCGAGAACAGUGCCAACCAGCAGGCCAACAACAACCAGCACGCGCGGAACAACAACGCGGCCCCCGCGGUGGCCGAGGGCCUCCACGCGGCCCACCAAGCCAUCCUCCAGCAGGGGGGCCCCGUCGGCUUCCAGCCUUACCGCCGGCCUCUGAACUUCCCACUCAGGAUAUUUCUGUUGAUUGUCUUCAUGUGUAUAACCUUACUGAUCGCCAGCCUCAUCUGCCUUACUUUACCAGUGUUUGCCGGCCGUUGGCUCAUGUCGUUUUGGACGGGGACUGCCAAAAUCCACGAACUCUACACGGCUGCAUGUGGUCUGUACGUCUGCUGGCUGACCAUCAGGGCGGUGACCGUGCUGGUGGCCUGGAUGCCUCAGGGACGCAGAGUGAUCCUGCAGAAGGUCAAGGAGUGGUCUCUCAUGAUCAUGAAGACUUUGAUAGUCGCGGUGCUGCUGGCCGGGGUUGUCCCGCUUCUGCUGGGUCUCCUGUUUGAGCUGGUCAUUGUUGCUCCCCUGAGGGUGCCCCUGGACCAGACGCCCCUGUUCUACCCGUGGCAGGACUGGGCGCUCGGAGUCCUGCACGCCAAGAUCAUUGCGGCCAUCACCCUGAUGGGGCCGCAGUGGUGGCUGAAGACUGUCAUCGAGCAGGUCUAUGCAAACGGCAUCCGGAACAUCGACCUCCACUACAUCAUCCGCAGACUGGCGGCCCCCGUCAUCUCCGUGCUCCUGCUCUCGCUGUGUGUCCCCUAUGUCAUGGCGUCUGGCAUCGUUCCCUUACUGGGUGUCACCGCAGAGAUGCAGAACCUGGUCCACCGGCGGAUCUACCCCUUCCUGCUGAUGGUCGUGGUCCUGAUGGCCAUCCUGUCCUUCCAGGUCCGCCAGUUCAAGCGCCUUUACGAGCACAUCAAGAACGACAAGUACCUGGUGGGCCAGCGCCUCGUCAACUACGAGCGGAAGUCGGGGAAGCCGGGCGCGUCUCCGCCACCACCGCCGUCGUCCCAGGAGUGAGCGGCCGUCGCGGCCCCGACCGCCCCUGCCUUUCCGCGUCCUCGCGUGCGGACUCCUCUCUCCGGAGACCACCUGGUGAUGGCGGCGCUGCCCGAGUCCCACCGCCCUGACUCGUGUUCCCGGCGCCCCGCCCGCCGUCGGCGCUGCCCGAGACCUGUACAUGUGUAAAUAGAAGCUCCCGGACCCCCGACCCCGGAUUAAACAGUGUGCAUUGUACAUCUUUCAACAAAUGUAUAUUAAUUUAUUAAACCUAGUUGUCACUUUA